GUAAGAAUAGAUGUUACUGUAGACAUCUAUCUUAUGAAAAACCAAUUAGAAAUAAACAUGUUGAUAAUAAUGGUAGAUCAUCUUUUCUUAUGGAGGAUUAUGAAGUACUUCAAAUUCAUGAAAAAUCCCUUUCUACAAUUCCCAAUUUAAAAUAG